UAUUCUCUCUUGCUUUCUCUCUUGCUUUCUUCCUCCACAUUUUGAUGUGAUAUUCUCCACUAACAAUAUCCCAUUACAAACUUUUACAAAAGUGAAUUUUACAUUAUUCAAGAAAUUAAACUAUGGUUUUUUCCUCUAUUUCUGCCUAUCUUGAUCCAUCCAAUUGGCAACAGCAAGUUGGAUAUAACAUCCCAAAUCCUCAACUUCCAUCAGCACCAUCACAACCUACACCGCCGCGGCCACUAGUGAGUAGUACUCCACCACCAACACUACCUCAGCCUCAUCAUGUGGUUGGUGGGGGAGGUACAAUCCGACUGGGCUCGAUGGCAGAUCGAGCCCGGUUAGCCAACAUACCAAUGUCAGAGGCAACUCAAAAAUGCCCUCGUUGUGAGUCAACAAACACAAAGUUUUGCUACUUCAACAACUACAGCCUCUCCCAGCCUCGUCACUUCUGCAAGACUUGUAGAAGGUACUGGACGAGAGGGGGCGCUCUGAGGAGCGUCCCCGUGGGUGGAGGUUGUCGCAGGAACAAAAGAAGUAGCACUAGUAGUACAACUACUACUAGUGCUAAAUCCAGCAACAAUAAUAAUACUUCCAAAUCUCAAGCUUCUAGUCAAGCUACUAAUUCUGGUUCGACAAGCAAUAACAACAGUACUUUUUCAAGUCCAUCAGCAGCAGCUAGUUUAUUAGGUCUUAUAAACCCUCAAAUUCAUUCUCUCCGCUUUAUGUCCCCUUUAGGACAAUUGACUGAUCAACACUUCACCCCGAACGAAAAUGUUAACAUGAAUUACACCUCAAUUUCUUCGUCAUCACCAGCUCCAGUCGUCGCGGGAACCAAUGAAAACAUGAAUUUUCAGCUCGGAAUGGGUAACAACUUAGAGCAAUGGCGGCUACAUCAACAACUGGCGAACCAAUUCCCUUAUAAUUUAUAUGGGGGAUUGGAUUUGUCUUCUGCUUCUGCCUCUGGCUCUGGCUCUGGGCUUUACCCUUUCCACCCGACUCAUUACACAAGUAAUGAUGCGGGUGGAGGUGGUGUCAUAAGUCAAAUUAGGCCAAAAGUUUCAAACCCUAUGUUGACUCAACUGGCAUUGAUGAAAAUGGAAGACAAUCAAGAUCAUGUUGCAACUAUGCCACAUCAGUUUUUAGGAAACGAAAACUGGCUGAGUAAUGGUGGUAAUGCUAAUUGGAAUGAGCUCUCCGCGAGUUUUAGCUCUUCUUCCACUAGUAAUUUACUAUAAUUACUAGUCGAUGAAAUUUUCAGAAGAAAGAGCCAAAAUAGUCGUGGAUGCAGAGUUAGCACUAUCUUGUUUCCAUUUCAGUUUUUCACCUUCUUUUACUAUGUCGAUGUUUGUCAUUUUGAAGCUGACAAUUUUGUCAGCAAAAGUUUUAACUGUAGAGGGAAUUCAUAUGCUAGGAAGAAAAAUUGUCUCAAAAUUAAACCCUAGAGUUUUUUUUUAUGGGGUUAUCUUUCCAUUUAUUUGUUGUUUGCUUUGUUUUAAUUUAUGCUGAUAUGAGAAUGGAUGUACUUUUUAGUAGC